AUGCACAACAACUACAGUGUCCAGUACGUCAAGGGCGCUGAGACCACCUCGGAACGCUAUUUUCUAGACCCGGAGUUGGGGCGUCAAAAAGGAUGCUGUCACCAGCGGCGCCAGGACCCAGCGGCCCCUCGAGCCCGUGGGCCCUGUCGGCCACCCCCCCAGUCACAGUGCCAGCUAGCUUGCCCAAACCACCGGAGUGGUGGCCGACGCAGGGGCUCCCAGUCCCUAGUCCUGCAGCGGCAGCAGCAGCAGCAGUGGCGGCCACAGCAGCCCCCACCUGCACCUCUUAGCCCUUCACGGCCACAACUCCACCUGGCACGCAAGGCCCAGAAGGGGCUGCCAGCCACGGCCGCUGCCCCCACGGGCCCUGCCACCAGGCCCCAGCUGCCCCCCACCACGGCCAGCAGCGACCCAGCCCUGCCCUUGGCAGCCGGGAUCCUGCUGGAGCCCAGCGAGCCCACUGAUGCGCGGCCACUGCCAGCCCCAGCAUCCUGCGGUUCCUUCACCUCCUACAGCCCUGACAUCCUGACCGAGGAUGACGUCUAUUGCAGCUGCCUGGCCAAGACCCUGUGCCACGUGCCGGUCCCCGUGACCGUGGGCUUCUACGCGCCCUUCGGCUGCCGCCUGCACAUGAUGCUGGACAAGAUUACCACAUUGAUGCAGCAAGAGGCGGCGCAGCGCGAGGCCGAAGAGCUGCAGCGCGUGCAGUGGCGGCCGCGGCCCGUGCGCGGCUGGGGCUUCCCGCGGCUGCUGUGCUACCUGGUCUUCCUGCAGCCCAUCAUCACCGAGCUGCACCUGAGACGCAAGAACGUGCAGUUCCUCUUCAUCCGCUUCAGCGCCUGGCAGUACGCGGGCACCGACAAGCUGUGGGCCGGCCUGGUGACCACACUGUGCGAGGGGAUCCGGCACCACUAUGGCGCGCUGCCCUUCAGCGUGUACUCAGUGCUGGGCAACAAGCCCGCCACCACAUCGGGCUUGGGCCAGUGCGAAUGGCACUGCCGGCGCCGCGUGUGCCUGGCGCUGCUGGCGCUGCUGGCGGCACUGAGUCUAGGUAUAGGGCUGCUUUACCUGUCCCUGAGCAGUGGUCAUGCGCUGGGCCACGGCGGUGGCAGCAGUGUGCUCAAGGUGUUCGGUGGCGCGGCCACCACGCUUUCGGGCUCAGGGCUGCUCAUGGCCGUGUACUCGGUGGGCAAGCACCUGUUCGUGAGCCAGCGCAAGAAGAUCGAGCGGCUGGUGUCGCGGGAGAAGUUCGGCAGCCAGCUGGGUUUCAUGUGCGAGGUGAAGAAGGAGGUGGAGCUGCUCACCGACUUCCUGUGCUUCCUGGAGAUCUACCAACGGCGCCGCCUGCGCGUGGUGCUGGAGGUCACCGGGUUGGACACGUGCUAUCCAGAGCGCGUGGUGGGCGUGCUCAACGCCAUCAACACGCUGCUGUCUGACAGCCACGCGCCCUUCAUCUUCAUCCUGGUCGUGGACCCCAGCAUCCUGGCGGCGUGCCUCGAGAGCGCUGGCAACAUGAAGGGCACGGCCGACAACGGCUACCUCUUCCUCAACCGCACCGUCACGCUGCCCUUCUCGGUGCCCAUCAUGGGCCGCCGCACCAAGCUGCAGUUCCUGCAGGACGCUGUGCAGAGCCGCGACGACCUGCUCUACCGAGAGAUCACGCGCAAGUUGCGGUGCCCAGGCAGCAGUGACGCGGGCGACGAGGACGCACAGCUGCUGGCCGUGGAGACGCAGGCGGGUGCUGAGCGCGCACAAGGCCGCAUCGACGCGGAGGCGGCGCGUCGCAUCCAGGAGGCACUCUCCUGCUUGCACGAUGAGCGCGACUGCCUGUACGAGUACGUACCGGACAACGUAGUGUACAUGCGGCGUAUUGUCAACACCGUGCCCAUCACCGUGCGCCUGCUGCAGCAGCAACAAGUGCACCUCGGCGGCCCCACGCCGCGCCAGGCUGUGGCCUGGGUCGUGCUCGCCAACCAGUGGCCCUGCCGCCUUAGCUGGGUGCUGCAGUGCCUGGAGGACCGGCAGCAGGCUGGGGGCGCGCCGGAGGGCCGGGCACGCCUUUGGGACGUGUUCCGUGACAACAGCCGUGAGUUGCACACCAUGACCAAGGCGCUACAAAACGUGCUCGACCUGGAUGGCGACCCGGAGCUCUUCGAACGCUUUCUGGGCGCUGACUUCCCGUUCACCGUGGCCGAGGCGCAGUGCUUGCUCCGCUGCACGGUCAACCUGGACCACUCCAUCCGCCGGCGCAUGGGCCAGAUCAGGGCGGUCAGCGCGCUCAAGCCCGCCAGCCCGCCCAAGUCCCCUGCACGAGCAGACAGUGCAGUUGGGGCAUCGCCGAUAGGACGGGCCGCAGUGCGGAGUGCCAGCGAAGCCCACCGCUCUCAGGAUGGGGCUCACAGGGGCAAGCCGAGGCCAGUGGCCUGA